AUGAAGCACUGUGCUGCGUCGGCGUCAUUCAACAAAAGUCCACCUCCACCACCACCGCCACCAGCCAGGGAAUUUUCCAUACUUCAACGGCCCGAUAUGUGCGGUCAGUGGACGCCACUCGAGCUCUCAACUUCUUCGAUUUGGGAUCAGGUGUUCCUGGCCAAGAUGCAGAAUUUCCGAUCCCAGCACGACGACGCAUGGGAAGAAGACUCACGACCCUCGUCCGGUGGUCUGCGUCGAAAGACAACGUUUUCGGAAAGGAUCAAUGUGAGCACGAAGCAGAACAGAACCAGCACCAGACAGUGGGGAGAGUAUGCCCUGUGGGUUGGCAAUAUUCCGUCCAACACGACCGUGAUGAGCCUGCGGGAUUACUUCGCUGAGGCGGCACCGGCGGAGUUGCUCACCAUCUCGUACAACCCGGACGCCAAGUAUGCGUUUGUCAAUUUCAGCACCGAAGCCGCGCGCAUCGCCGCCAUUGGGAAAGCCGCCAGCCAGCUCUUCGACGGGAGACGGCUGGACUGUCGCAUUCGUCGAGACAAGGCUUCGAGAUCGACCAAAGUCAGCUAUGGUCUCAACAGUUCAGACCGUCAGAGGAGACUCUCCAUAUCGCCCGAGAGACCUGCGAGCAUGUGGAACAAGGUGGAAGAGUUGAAGCAGCACCCGGAAACCGAUGCGUCUCAACGUGGCAGGGACAAGUACUUUAUCUUGAAGAGUUACUCCUUGGAGGCCUUGUAUCAGAGCCUGGCCACGAAUGUCUGGCAUAUACCCAAACGACACGUCGAGAGAUUGAACCAUGCUUUCCAGUUCUGUGUCAGCCAUACUGAUGAUCGGGUGUCUCUGUUCGCCUUUUUCCAGACUGGCAGCAAAGUGUAUUUUCUCUUUUCCGUAAAUGGAUCAGGUGAAUUCUUUGGCUAUGCAUCCAUGACGGCCGAGAUCCGACAAGACGAAAUGUCCGUCACGACGCCCGGUGCUUCUCAUCGUCCGUCCAGCGACGCUUCCACCGAAUCGUUGCCCAUUCAUAUGAGGUCAUAUGGUGCCGAUGCCCAACCAACAGAGUUCAGACAUCGAGCACUGUCGACUACCUCGUCAGACGCCUCUUACGGGUCCAUACACUAUGAGCCAGAGCGGAGAAGAAUCAUAUGGGAAGCAUCGCACCAUACAUCAGAUCAUCAGUCUGUCACGCCCGAGGACUUUUCACCCGACACCAUGACGCCGGUAACGCCGUCGGAGUCGUCUGGGAGGAGUUUCCGAGAUUUUCCAAACACUGCGAAUUUUGAGUACGCCUCUUCGCCUUCGAUGUCGAUGGCGCUACCCCCACAAGCGGCGGCGCACCCUACUGGCUCGGAAUUGCAGCAUCUCAGCGAACCAUGUAGGAUCAAAUGGCAUUCGACGGUCAACUUACCCUUUGACGAGGUCCGGGGGUUGCGGAAUCCUUGGAAUGAGAAUAAAGAGGUCCAUGUGGCUAGGAAUGUAACGGCGGUUGAACCAGAUGCUGCUGAGAGUUUGUUGGAGAGGUGGAAACGUAAAGAUGAGGCACGCCGAUUUCAACACUCUCAGGACGCCAUAUCGAAGGCUUGGCCUGGUCGGUGA